UUCAGUGAGCUCUGCAACUGUGGAAAUUGGGCGGUUGGUCACAAUCUAUAUAAGCAAAAAAGAUACUGGCCCAAAACCAAUGUACAUAAAUUAUAUGCAGGUUGUCUGUCCCAACAUCUGUUUGUCUAUUGCAUUUCUUCUGUGGGGAGUUAUUGAAGGGUCUGUAGUUGAGGUAACGAUGUGUGUGACAAUUAAUCUGAGUCGGAUCAUUUUGUUAUUUCUUAUGGCCCCAUAUUUCAAUUGGAAUACUACUGUUUCUGUGAAUUUUCCAGGUUUCAUCCACAGAAUAAUUGAAUUUGUAGCGAUUCCCAUUGCAUAUCUUCUGAUUUCCACAGCAUUUUGCUCAGCUGUUCUUUAUGAUCUCUGGAAUACAUCUCAGUGGACUGAAGUUGUUCUUGUCAGUGUUGGGAUUAUUCUGCUGUCAUCCAUGCCUGCAAUUUUUCGAGCCUUAAACAACGUUUGCUUCACACAAUUUUUUGAUAUACAUUUGUCAGUGCAAUUUAUUAUAGAUAAGUUAGGACACGUUCUCAUGCAGUCAAGCAACUUGUUUCAAAUGUGUCUUCUCUUCUAUAGAUCAUCAAGUGUUGAUGAAUCCAUGAUUAAAAUUACAUAUGCCUUUGGGGGAAUUUCUGCAGCCAUAUCAUUAAUAGUUCUUCCAAUUCCAGCAAUUCGCCAGUACUUUUGUUCAAAACUGGGCAAAUAUCAACUUUAUGCGCUUAUAUGGAGAUGUUAUUUAGUUUGGGUAAACGUUAUGGUUGUUACGCUCAUCGGGCAUAGUGCAUUUAUUUUAUUUUAUCUCAACAAGAUUCUGGAGUAUACUAACGAGUGCUUUGGAUGGAUCUUUGUCACAGUUAUGCUCCAUGUCUUGACUGCAAUUUCACCCACACGAUUCCCCAGAAAAGUUCCCGAUGUAAUUUACACUACUUUGUUCAUGUAUGGAGUGGCAGGUCUACCAGUGGUCAACUCUGUUUCUCUUGCCACAGAAUUAAUAUUGCAAGUAUACAAGGGGGAGAGAACAGUGGAUGAUCUGCGUGUAAUAGUGCUGCCGUUUGAAAGCAUUAUGUCUGGUGUGUGGCUGGUUUUACAGAUCCAUGCAUACUGGGCAGUUGCCGGGAGAGACGUACAGAAUGAGAUGUAUGCGCUGAGGGACUUUGCGGCACAGUGCACACCACAGCAAGGAGACAUUGGUGAAUCAGAUUUGUCAGAGAAUCACCUUUCUGAGAUCCAAAGAUGUCAGCCAGAGGCAGCACCAUUCAUGGGAGAGCAAGAUCUUGAGGUUUAAAUCUUUUAAAGAAUAACGUAACACCAUGUAUGAUGAGCUAAUGUUACCCUACCUAUGCAAACUGUAUUGAAAAAUUAUGCAUUGUACAAUUUGUUGUUUCAAUAAUUUUCAUACAUUGGCUAUGGCUAAUGAAUUGUAUGUAGUGAAAACACUGCUUAAUCUUGUUUUCUCUGUUUCCACCUUCAAAUUGUUAACUUUAUUGUUAUUGUUUAUUCCCAUAGUAAUAAGCUGACUGCAUAGAUUUCUUUCAAAUAUGUUUCACACACAGAUUCACAUUUGAAUUACAUUUAAAACGUGUCUAGAAACAUGAAAAGUGUCCCUAUAAUAAAGAUGUAUCAAUCUGCCCUACCUCCUGAUAUGCUACUCCAGCUAAAAAAGAAACGCAAAACCAAUCGGCAGCAUCAUGACACUGCUGAGCUGUUGAUUGGCUGAGGAUCUGUGUGUGUGUGUGGAGAGAGUGUGUAUGUGUGUCCUGUAUAAAGCACACCGCUCUGCAGCAUUUCUGAACUGGUGCAGUGCCGGUUCAUCUCCACUAAUGGUGUGCAGAA